UGCCAUGCGAAUAGGAAUAAUUUUCGGAUGUGGUCUUUGCGAUAAAAUAAUAAUUAUCACAUGGCCUCAUUAGUUCAUGAAAAAUGUUUCAGCAUUUUGCACAAAUGCAUAUCACAAACUUGCUUUGCGAAACGCGAGCAAUCAUAUUAUCAUCGUGAGUGCUGUGUUACCAACGUCAGUUAAAUAAAUUCCUACUUUUUGUAUGAAAGAUGCAUUAUAUUAGUGUUACCGAAUUACUAUCACCGGCAGAAAACCCAGUGUGUAAAAUUCAGGGCCUGCCUUCAACAGAUCUUAAUACUUUGGAAUCAUGUUUUUUGGAUCUUCAUCUAACAUGCAAAAAUCUUGAAAACUUCAUUGAAGUAGAUUUUUCUGGUGUUGAUGUUCUGAAUAUACUUUGCGGCUUAGAUUUUCGAGUUGUAAGUCAGUGUAUGGCAAUCGAAGUCACUGCGAUUGGAGGAAGGACAAUGAAAAUUCAAAAGAUUUUUUGGACAAUGGCUAAGGAAUGAAUAGUACCUAAAUGAUAAGAUCCAUUUACUACAUAAAAUUACAUUUAUUGAAUAAAAUAAAGAUCUUCAAAAAAUUA